AUGAAGGCGUUGGUUGGUGUUCUGCUGCUGACAGUUGCACUUGCUGUGUCAAGCGUGGAUGCGGGUCACCACUACGGAGGCUACGGUGGGGGUGGCGGUGGCGGAGGCGGCGGCGGCGGUGGAUACGGUGGUCAUGGAGGAUACGGCAAGGUCAUCGUGAUUCAUGGACAUGGUGGAGGAGGCUAUGGCGGUGGCGGAGGGGGAGGAGGAGGAGGUGGCGGCUACGGCGGCCACGGAUGGUGGUAA